UUAGUUGCUUGCAAAUUUUUUUUCGUCACAAAUGACAGCAGUAUAAUGAAAACUGUAGUUAUUGAUAACAGGCGACUGUUUAACCUCUUCUCAUAUACAGUAUUCCUGUAUAACAUUGUUACUGGACUGUUUACUGCCGUCAUGAGGCUAAUGUUUUCAAUAUUAUUCAUGAUACUUAUACUGCCAAGAAUGGACCUGAUACUCUAUGUUAAAGGAUUUGAGAGAUUCGAUUUAAGUCAGCAGCAUAGCCUUUCAACAGCACCAUUAUAGUUAUUACCAAGAGUAGAUGAUAGUUAUUACCAUAUGCAUGACACUUAUUGAUUUGUGUUGGUAUUAUUUAGUUCACUCCAUGUUUAAAAAUUUCAUGACAAUGGAGGCCUUGCUGCACAAUCCAAUAGUUCACACUUUUGUGAAUAUGUUGAGUGAUGAUGUCCCUAACUUACACAGCAAAGGAACUAAUUCUGAACUUGGUCAUCGUAGAACCUCAUCUCCUCACAGGGUUUCUCGUAAAGCAUACAAUCGUUGGUUUGUUGCAUGCACACUGAUCAAGAACCCUUCACUGAGGAAGAACCAUGUCUCUGAGGUUAAUGUCUACGAUGAAUUUGAGAUUACAAAGGAAGAAUUUUGACUUAAUAAUUAAUUAGCAUAGAUUCCUAUAAAUUUUUAAUUAGAUAAGCUAGAACAAGAAUAAUGGUGUGGUUAAUUAAAUUAAAUUAGUUUAUUCAUUAGAUUUAUGAUUUUGUUUGGAUAAGGUUGGACUUGGAUCAUGUCUACCGCUGCCUCCAGUUCUGCCAUCGUUCCUACAGACAACCCUGUCCUUUCUGGAAAUCUCUUUUCUGAUAACGCUGUCGUUUUGUCUUCUUUUGCAUUGUUUGGAAUCUCGGCUCUAGUUUGGGUAAUACUUAGUUUCCUGCAAAGGAGGACCAAGAAGUGUCUGGGUUGCUGUGGUGGGCGGCCGGGAAUUGUUUUUCCCAUAAACUUCCUUAAUCCUCGGCACAGGCUUGUGUACGUAUUAGCUUGUGGUGCACUGGCCUCAACUUGGUUCCAUGCUUUAAACACUGGAGACUUCUCUGAUGUCAAUAAGUGGGCUGCCAGCAUCGUUAAGAUUCUUUCUGUCAUAUUUUUAUUAUCUUUGGAAAUAUUUAUAACAUUCCCACUCCUGGCCUGCGUUGAGACACCUGUCCCUAUUGUUGGGUAUAUCUUAGGUGCAAUCUACACUGAUGUACUUUUAGCAUCAAGGAUAUAUGUGACUGUGGAUGUCAUACAGCAGCAAGAUGUUGAUGGCUUUCCGGAGGACUUUGUGACUUUGCUAUAUAGCAAAUACGUUGUCUCAUUUCUGCCUCAGCUGGUUUGCAUUACUGCUGUCUUGGUGUGGUAUCAUUACAAAAUCAUUAAAGAGAUGUUGAGAAUAUGUAGAACUAAUGGAACUUGGACACAUGCUUAGUUAAGCUUACUCUGACGCUUGGUAUUAUUCACUAGCUUAUUCUCACUAACAUCAUUGCUAUAAAGAUUAUUAAAAUUUUUACUACAUAAUAUUAACAAGAACUACUUUUGGGAUCAGUUCCAGUAUUAUUAUUAUUAUUGUUGAUUUA